AUGGCACCCUCCGCUAUCUCCCCCACAAUCGCCCCCCAGCACCCGAUUCUGGCCAAGAAGAUUGUGACCGACGCCCGUGAACGUGCAUCAUCCGUCUCCAACCCCAACCCCACGGUCGAGCUCAACGAUGGCAACCUGAUCCCCCAGGUCGCCCUGGGCGUGUACAAGGCGCCCAACGGGCAGGAGACCGAGGACGCGGUCAUCGCGGCGCUGGACGCCGGCUACCGCCACAUCGACUCGGCGGCUCGCUACGCCAACGAGGAGGCCUGCGGGCGGGCCAUCCGGAGGUGGCUCAAGGCCAACAACGUCUCGCGCAAGGACAUCUACGUCACUACCAAGCUCUGGGACGCCGACCACGGCUACGAGGCCACCUUCAACGCCCUGUGCGACUCCCUCGACAAGUUCGGCCUCGACUACUUCGACCUCUACCUGAUCCACUCGCCCUCGAGCUGCGAGCAGAAGCGGCUGGAGAGCUGGCGCGCCCUGGAGGUGGCCAAGAAGCUCGGGAUAGUCCGGUCGAUCGGCGUCUCCAACUUCGGGGCCAGCCACAUCCAGCACCUCCUCGACAACGCGACGGUCGUCCCCGCCGUCAACCAGAUCGAGGUGCACCCCUUCUGCCAGCGGCAGGACCUCGUCGACCUGUGCGGCAAGUUCGGCAUCCGGAUCGAGGCCUACUCGCCGCUCGCCCGCGGCGACAAGCUCGAGGACCCGACGAUCCGCAAGAUCGCCGAGAAGCACGACCGCUCGCCGGCGCAGAUCCUGCUCAACUGGAGCGCGUCGCGCGGCAACGUCGUCCUGCCAAAGUCGCUGACCGCCCACCGCAUCGAGUCCAACUUCCGCAUCUUCGACUUCGUCCUUGAUGACGACGACGUCGCGCUCAUCGACGCCCUGGGGGCCGAGAACUAUGUCACCGGCUCCCUCCACAAGUCGGAUUGA